AUGAAACAUCCCUCUCGAAACAACGACAGCUACUUCCAUGAAAAUAACCUAUGCGUUUCCAAACAGCUAGAGGAAUUACUUAUUGGUUAUGCACGUCUUCUAUUGGAGAAGACUUUGAUAUCACAAGAUGCUGCGCGACAGGCUGCUGAAUCACAGUUGCAUUUUUAUAUUUCCUGUACCGCUCUAAAUUCAAGCCGAGCAUUGUCUAGUAUCAUCGACGAAGAAGUUAGUCGUGGCUCAUUUAAUUUGGUCGCACAAUCAUGUGCCUACCUUCUUGCCCCAUCCAUUUUGCAAAAACCUUCUGGAUUAAAAACGAGUGUCAAUAUCCUGUUGCUUGCAAUUCGAAACGAUACGAUUCAAAAAGUUGUUGAAACAGACUUCGGACCCACACUGAUACUUCUCCUUUUGCGUACGGUUACUGUUUCUCCUUGUUCAAUCUGUCAUAACGCGUUGCGAUGUGUUCAGGCGCUAGUGGCCAAAAAGGAGGUCCCUCUCCCUUCUCAUAACUUGCUUGUGCAACAUUUCGACCCUUUAUUAAAAAUGUUGUGCAGGCUGUGCAAACGAGGUGAAAUGAGUUCAACCAUGGUGCAAAUUGGUGCAGGUCUAGUCGCCGAUAUUAUUGAGCGCUACCGAGUCAUCAGGCCUUCACUCAUACCCCCAGGGUUACACAGCAACAUUCCCUUUCCCAUUGUGAUUUGCGCACGUGUGCUCAUUGAUGCGAUCACAAGCAAGCCCCCUCGCCCUCUGCCGGAGGCACUUGUGAAAGCACGCAGGUCGACUCACUGUGUGCACCAUACCAUCGUCACGAAACAACCCAAUGCUCAGGGCAUGUCGGCGUGUUACUGCGUCUUUUCAGAAAAUGAUCGUGAUGUGGAAAGUGUCAAGACCUUUGAGGUGGUUCUAAGGGGAUCGCGCAAAGGCGCCGUUAUUGUUGGCUGGGAUUUAGACUACCCACCGGAAAACCCCAUGCGCGUCCUCCAAAAGUUACCCUCCCCAGAGCUCGAUAAUGGACCACUUCCCUCAUGUGGUUACUACAUUGAGCCAUUCAGGGGUGAUGUUUUUGUUUGCUUGGGGCGAAAGCGGGAAAAAAACCCUCUCAAGGUCAAAGUGAAACCCAAUGACUUAAUCGUUGUCUCGUGCUCGUACAACGAGCAACUCAUCAAGCUGUGUCUCCGUCGGGGUACACAAAAUGAGCUGACGACAAGUUUUUCUCCAACUGCCACCGAGUGUGUGUCGUUGCCAUUUGUUUAUUUACAGCAUAACCUAGACGCCGUCUUGAAUUUUGAUGGACUGAAUAUCGACAACGACACCCUCAAUGUGAGUCAGAUAUACGCGGAGCUUCAGAUGAACCCACAGACACUGGACUCCAUACCUGCGCAGUCCUAUGAGUUUUACGUAGAGCUGAAUACGUUUUCUCAGACCGUUCUCGAAGGGGAAUCAUCGUCAGCGGAGACAGUUAGUGAAAUUGACACUCAUGAAGUCGCGGGCUACAUGCAACUUACGAAAUUUAUGGGAGCAAAUGCCUUUUUGGACCGAACCACUUCUAUUCAGGCUUUAGAGCCAUAUCGGAAGCGACUCCAUAUUUUUGAUGCUUUAACCAUCACUUUCUCACCAUUAAUUAACUUGAGACGAAAAUCAGAGCUCUUUGAUAUUUUUCGAGUUCUCAAAAACUUGUGCUCCAAACGAACCGAAGAGAAAUUUCAGGCUGACAUCAUGCGCCCGUUUCAGAAUAGGGCCGGUCGAAGGGCGCAUGUGACCAUACAUUUGAUGCAAGCCAAGCCUUCUCUUCAGCUCGGGGCACACCCAACACUCAUGCGUUCAGUCUUUGGACAGCUAUACCUUCACCUCCAACAUACUAGCACCGAUACCUUUUAUGUUUCACCCAUCUUCACCGUAAAGUUAAUUGGCUUCGGAUCUACCGACGCAGGCGGACCGUACAGGGAUGUGUUGUCGCAUCUUGCGGCGGAGAUCAUGACCAUGCAUCCAAGCAAGGACUUCCAAAUGAACCCGCUUUUCUGCCAAUACGGCAGUGAAGGGGCCAGUGCCGUGAUGCCCAAUGCCAAUAUGAUGAAUAGCACCCAGGCACCACUCAUGUUAGAAUUCUUUGGUAAACUUCUGGCAUCAUUUUUUAUCACAAGAGACUUGCUGACGGUGGAAUUUCCGCCCAUUUUCUGGAAGUUGCUACUCAAUGACCCAGUUUCAGUGAACGACCUUAAGGUCUUUGAUCCUAACAUCGUCGAGUUACUUGAACCCAAUAACUUGAUGGCGCAGACAGAAGAGGAGCUUGAGGGGGAGUUUUCUGGAGUUGUGAGGGUAUGGCAGCAAAUCGUGGAAAAAAAUCCCCACCUUCUUCUUUCUAAAUCGCUUCCUCCAACCACAGUUGAGUCGGCACGGCUGUUAUCGCAAAAGAUUGUAGAAAACGACAUUAGCCGAUUCGCUGAGACAAUGCACUACAUUCAGCUAGGCUUCAGCGAAGUCCUUCCAUUGUAUGUUUUGCAAGCCUUUCGCUGGCAGAAGGUGCGCCUCCUUAUCUGCGGGACUCAAAAGCUUUCAUUUGAGGCAUUUAGGAAUGAAUGUGAUAUUCAGCUUCCCUCAAGAGAAUCUCAAAUGUUCUUAAGCGUCUUGGAGAGUAUCUCGGAUGAAGAUAGACAGCUUCUUCUUCGCUUCACUACCGGCCAAUCCAGAUUACCCAUAAAAUCUUGCAUCAAGGUGCAACAUAAUGGUAGCAAGAACUCACUUCCGACAAGUAGUACGUGCUUUUUCCUACUGCGGCUUCCAUCUUACUCAUCCGAAGAGUUGAUGAAGGAGCGCCUCCUGUACGCGAUUCGGCAGUGUAGCACCAUUGAUGCAGACGGACUGCCGAGAGAAAAUCUCAUCAUAGAUUUCUAA